GUCUUUGCUUUGACUCUUUGUCGCUGUAAAAAAUAUUGGCGCGUCUACUCUAAUUUAACCGGCUUCUUUAAUACUUUACUUUUUGUACGUUUUAAUAUUGAUUCAUUCCAAUUUACUUAUAAUUUGCAACAAAUAAGUACAAAAUGGAAACCGAACCGCAAAAUACCAGUGAAGAUGCCGAAUUGGCUGAUUGCGAUGGGGAAAAAGUUGUGACAAUGAUGGACGUGUUGCAAGAACAAGAAGAUUUCGAGGAAGAUGCUAACGCCGUGUUGGGCGCGUCCGAUGACAAAAAUUGCACGUAUUCUAAGGGCUACAUAAAAAGACAGGCAAUUUAUGCUUGUAUGACUUGCUGUUCCGAAGCCAAAGAUGAUCCAACCAAAAGAGCAGGUGUAUGCCUUGCAUGCAGCCUAGUCUGUCAUGAGAACCAUGACCUCAUAGAAUUGUAUACCAAGCGCAACUUUAAGUGUGACUGCGGAAACCCAAAAUUUAACUCCCACCCAUGCCAUUUCACUCCAGAUAAGUCAGACUUAAAUGAAGAAAAUAAUUAUAAUCACAAUUUCAGUGGCUUGUAUUGUGUUUGUCAAAGGCCUUAUCCCGAUCCAGAUUCUACAGUGGAUGUAGAUAUGAUACAAUGUGUAAUUUGUGAGGAUUGGCUUCAUGCAACUCACUUAGAAGCCACUGUUCCUGACAAUGAUCAGUAUUCUGAAAUGAUUUGCAAGGGUUGUAUGGAAAAAAAUUACUUCUUACAUGAUUAUAGCAAUUUAGCCAUCAAUGGUGAUGUGGAUGUAGUGUCAAAUGGAAUUGAUAAUGCUAGCCAACUAUGUAAUGGUGAUGCUAAACUAGAAAUAAUAAAAAGUGAAUCUGUUAAUGAUGUUGAGAUGACAGAGAAAGCUGUUAUAAAUGGUUCAGAUGACAUAAAAAGUAAUGAAGAAACUACUGAAGUUACUGCAAAUGGUGGUUGUUUUGAUACACCAAUGGAAACUGAUGAAAGAAAUGUACUAGACACAAAUAGUACUGAGUUAGACAAUGAAGAAAAUAAUACAUCAGUUAGCAUUGAUAAUGCAGUAGAUGACACUAUAAAGGAUAUUGGUAUUUUAUCUGGAAAUAAUGAUAAAGAUAUAAAUCAUCAACAUGAAAGUACAAUUCAAGAAGAACAUAAUAAAAACAAGGAGUUAACAAGCAAAAUUAGUGAAACUGAAAAUGCUGGAGAGGUAGAAAAUACUGAAAAAAGUGAAGAGCAACUAAAUGAAGAAAGAUUGCUAGCUGACCCUGACGACAAUAAAAAAACAAACUCAGAAACAAAUGGCGAAAACAAUGUUCCUUCAGCAGGUACUGUAGCAAGUGAUGAAAACAUUACAACAACAAACACCGAAAAUAAUAAAGUCAAUGAAGAAAAGGAUACUGAAGUCAAUGAGGAAAAGGAUAUUGAAGUGAAUGAGGAAAAGCAUACUGAAAUCAAUGAGGAAAUGCAUACUGAAGUCAAUGAGGAAAAGCAUACUGAAGUUAAUGAAGAAAAGCAUACUAAAGUCAAUGAAGAAAAGAAUACUGAAGUCAAUGAAGGAAUGGAAACUGAUGAAGAAAAGCACACUGAAGUCAAUGAGGGAAUGCAAAAUAAAGACAAUGAAGAAAAGCAUACUGAAAUCAAUGAAGAAAAGCAUAUAGAACUUAAUGAGGAAAUGCAUACUGAAGUCAAUGAGGAAAUGCAUAAUGAAGUGAAUGAGGUAAAGCAUACUGAAGUCAAUGAAGAAAAGCACAAAGAAGUAAAUGAAGAGAAGCAAAAUGAACUUCAUGAAGUACAACAUAACGAUGAGAAGCAACAUAAUGAACUCAGUGAAGAACAGCACAGUGACAUCAAUAAGGAACAGCUAAAUAAAGACAAUGAGGAACAACACAAUAAUGUUAAUGAAGAAAAGUAUAAAGAAAUAGAUGAGGAAAAGCAUGUUGAUGAAAGUUUACCAACAGAUACUGCUUCAAUGGAAUCCAAAGAGACAGUUAACAACAAUGAAAGUCACAACGGUGAAACAGAACUGGAGAAUAAUGAAAAAUAUACUGAAAAACGAAAAUUAUCUACAGAAGACAUUCCUGAAACAAACACCAAAAAGGCAAAAUUAAAUGAAACUAAUGAACCCUGUGUAAGACCGAAAGGAGUUUGUAAAUCACUCAAAGGCGCAACCUUUUGGCCUUCCACAUUUCGACAGAAACUGUGCACUUGUACAGAAUGCAUUACUAUGUACAGGGACCUAUCUGUUCUAUUUUUGAUUGAUCCAGAAGAUACAGUAACUGCAUAUGAAAAUUUAGGAAAACUGAAGAUCGACGGCAAACCUGCUACCCAAUAUGAAAAAGGACUGCAAGCACUGUCAUCAUUGGAUAGGAUUCAACAAAUAAAUGCCUUAACAGAGUACAAUAAAAUGAGAGACAAAUUGUUAGAUUUCCUAAAAAGCUUCAAAGAUAAACGACAAGUUGUCACAGAGGAUGACAUUAGAGCAUUCUUUGCUGGAAUGAAACCUAAACGUGAGCCCGACGGCGUAUAUUUCUGCAGAUAGAUGAUCUGAAUUUUUUUAUUAUUAUUUGACAUUCAAUUUCCUUACUAAUUUUCUAAUUUAAGUUUAAAUCUCUUUUGUAUCCCUUUAUGCUAGAAAAGCAUGGAAGUUAAAGAAUUAAUAGCUCAUAGAGUAUCAAACAAAUUGGCCAAUUUGAGUCCUUGAAACAUACUAUGUUGAUGUCUUUAGCUUCCAUGCUUAUUCUAGUCUUCUAGUAUUUAAAGAUUAAAUUUAUAUUCAUACACAA